AAGCCCCCAAAAUACUAAAAACGAGCGGGCACCAUUCCACCAGCCCAUCCUCACCGGGAUUCACUCCUCCGCCGGCGUCUUCCGACCCGCAGCUCAUACGCCUUCACUCCGUCCGCCGUGCGCAUCAGAGGCCAUCGCGAUUUCUCCCACAAAUUUCCGGCGGCCUCAUAGAUUUAGAGAAAUGAGAUUCACAUUUGACCUAGAAGAACCAGACUCCAACAUCGACAACCGCCAAUCUGUAACUCCGCCGUCAAACACCCCUAAAGAAGAGGCGGAAUGGAUUCCAUUGCAAAACCACCCUGUGUUCGCCGCUGCAGAUGGUGUCGCCGCCCAAACUACCGUCACCUCCAAAUUGCCCAAAAACCUUCUGGCUUGGGACGGAGCUUCCCGGCUCUACUAUUGGGACUCUUCCAGACGCUGUUUGCACCGAAUCUCCAUUCGUUUGGGUGAACCAGACUCAAGCUUUGUCCUCGCUUCUUCUCCUUCUAAGGUUUUGCAAGCUGAUGUGCAAGUAAAUUUUGAGGUGGAUAAGAUUUCCAUUAAUAGAAAUGGCUCAGCAAUAUUCUUAGUUGGCAUGGAGGGCCUGUGCAUUAUGUAUCUCUAUGGGCGGACUUCAUCAAAAGAAAAUGCAAUUAUUUGCCGGACUGUUUUUGCAGGCCGAGAUAUUUACUUCAAUGGAAAAAAUUCUGUACGCACAUUACGCAUAUCUUGGCACCCUUUCAGUGACACCCAUCUGGGAAUUCUUUCUUCAGAUUCAGUUUUCAGAAUGUUUGACUUAUCCUCGUCACUUGAACAACCAGAGCAAGAGUAUUAUAUGCAGCCUAUAGAAUAUGGGACUUCUCGUGAUGCAACAUCAAUUUGUCCUGUUGAUUUUUCUUUUGGAGGUGAUCACUUGUGGGACAGAUUCAGUGUCUUUGUGUUGUUUAGUGAUGGCUCUGUUUAUGUUCUGUGCCCAGUUGUUCCUUUUGGAAGUGUGUACAAAUGGGAAUUCAUAUUGGAAUUAUACAAUGAUACUCAUGCCUUUGGGUUGAAAUCUACAAAUUCAAGAGCCAAUAAAAAUUCUAAUUUGGCAGUUUCUUGGUUAGAAGCUACAUUUCCUGAGAUAAGUCAUGGAGAUGUACAAAGCGGGAAUCUCUGUGCACUUCGAGCUCAACCUUAUGCUUUCUUUGAUGUCUCUAUUGUACUACAGGGACCUCUUCGCAAAAUUUCUGAAAAUACAGAAGAUCCUCUAGCUCAAUCGGCUAUAUGUGAAGGAUGUGCCGUAAGCUUUCUUUACAAUUUAGUAAGCAAGGAUUCAAUUCUGGUAACUGCCUGGAGUGGUGGACAACUCCAAAUAGAUGCUUUAGCUGAUGAAAUCCAACCUGUUUGGAAAGUUGGUUGCCCGGCCCGUAUUCGUGUUGAUACCAAUGACCGUAUUGUUGGCCUUGCCAUGAUUUCUGAAGUUGCUCACAGUGACCACUCUACGUCAAAUCCUGAUUUACCACCACUUUUGAGGUUGGCCAUAGUUGAUCUAUCACUACCUAAAAAAUCCGGUUAUACAAUCUCGAUGUCUGUUGACCCUGUCAUGGCAGAAAGAAUAUAUUGUCUUCAUACUGGAGGGGUGGAUUCGGUAGUCUUGCAUUUUCUUCCCUUCACAAACCAGAAUAUUUACAAGGAUGAAUCUGUCAAAAGCCCAUCUGUUUGUCCUGUUAUCACAACUUGCCAUGAAGAAUCAUCUCUUCCUUCCCCGUUAUGUGGUUUCUUGGCCCUGUCAGAUCCAUUUGGAGAUUCAUGGGUAGUGGGGCUAACUUGUAACUUCCAGUGCAUUGUUCUGGAGAUGGAAACGUGGAACGUAAUGCCCCAUGUUGUGGAUGAAGUGGGGGAACCAACUUGUUUGAAAGAGGGGACGAAAGAUGUGAAUGGCCAAACUGUUAUAAGUAGAGAACUCCUUACUGGACCUAAGGUUGCUCUUUUACCACCUUCUUCACAAAAUCUACGUUCGGUUACAUCAGAUUCAAUUGAGGGUCGGGCAGCAUUGCAUCAGUACUUCAAACUUUUCCAUGAAAAUUAUGUGGAAUAUGCUCAUAAGGUGCACUUUGAACUCCAGCACCAUGCGCCUCAUUUGAAGAAAAUCGUUGAUGAGCAGCAUUCUCGGCUACGAGAAUCACAGCAGAAGCUUGUGAAAGUUGAAAAGAAUCAUGAAAAUAUAGGGAACCGUUUUGAGAAUGCAGUUCAGCGUCACAAUGCCAUAGAAGACCGAUUUCAAAGGCUGAGAUCUUUGUCAGCAGCACAUAGACGAUCACUAUCAAGAUCCGAGCAAGUGUUCAAGUCGAAACUGGACAAGAUGAGUGGGGUUGAGCUGGAUGCCUUGAGAUCUUCCAUUGAAGCAUUGAAUGCGAGGCUGUCACGGUACACCCAUUCCACCCAGCUGAACCAAAAACCAAACGCGCCGAAGAGAGAAAUGCCAACCGGGAGGAGAAACCACGUCCUACAUAACGAAAUGUCUCAUCUGAAAGCCUCACUUGAAAAGCUCUCUCUCACCAACAGCGAAAACACCAAAAAAGUGAAGCUGGUCGAGUCGGCAUUGCAAACCCGUGAAGUGAGUAGUGGCUUGUGAAGUUUCAAUCCCGUCCCUCGUAUUCGGCUGUCUUGAUCUUCAGGUACCAGUUUAGAACAUUUAUGUACAUGAUUUGUUAUUUACGGCCAGUGCGGGCGGUGAGGGACCCUAUGAUUUUGGAUUUUGGUGUAAUUUAGGAAUGGCUUCAUGUUAGUUGUCUAUUUAAAAUAUAGUUUUUUGGAUUGG